AUGGUUUUUAAAUUGAUACUCCUACGCCAUGGCCAGAGCACCUGGAAUGAAAAGAACCUUUUCACAGGCUGGAAAGACGUCGGUAUCACUCAAAGCGGCCGCGUUGAAGCAAUUCAGGCUGGAGCGCUCUUGAAGAGACAUCAUCACCUGCCAGACCUGUGCCAUACCUCGCUACUGCGACGUGCAAUCACAUCAGGCAAUAUUGCCCUCGAUACAGCAGACCGACACUGGAUCCCGGUUACGAAAAGCUGGAGGCUCAAUGAGCGCCACUACGGAGCAUUACAAGGCCUGAAUAAAAGGGCCACGGCAGAGAAAUACGGUGAUGAGCAGGUCAAGAUCUGGCGGCGCUCGUAUAAUAUCCAGCCACCACCAAUGUCCGAUGACGCCUACCAGAAGCAGAACGAGUACACAAGCGUGCAAUGCAUCCAAGCACCAAGAACAGAAUCAUUGAAAGACGUCGUGGCACGCGUGGAACCGUAUUGGAAGGAGUGCAUCAUUCCUGACUUGAGAUCUGGCAAGACUGUGCUUGUUGCGGCUCAUGGUAAUUCACUCCGUGCACUGGCAAAGAUUAUCGAUGGUUUGGGGGAUGAAGAGGUUGUGGAGCUGAAUAUCCCUACAGGGACACCUAUUGUUUAUGAGCUCGAUGACAGUCUACACCCUAUAGUGAAGGGUGGCAAGUGGCUUUAA